AUGGAUUAUAUAAAACUUCUAAGCGCUUUUUUUAUAAUAAUAUUAGUUUAUGUUUUAUUUUCAUAUUUAAAACUAAAAAAAAAUAUAUUUCUAAAAUAUUUAAAAAAGAAGCAAAAUGUUUGUUUAAUUAUUGCACAUCCAGAUGAUGAAAUUAUGUUCUUUUUUCCCACGUUGAAAUUAUUAUUUGAUAAAAAAGAAAAAAAUGAAAUUUUUCUUUUUUCUCUAAGUAAUGGAAAUUUAUAUGGGCUUGGUAAAAUAAGAGAAAAAGAACUCUUUCAUGUAUGGUCAUAUUUAGGAGGAGAAAGACGAAACUGCAAAGUCUUAAAUAACAUAAAUAUUCAAGAUGGUUGGGAUUAUUGGGAUGAAGAAAAUAUUUCUAAUAUCCUAAAUGAUUAUUGUUCCAAACAUAAUAUCAAUACAAUUCUAACUUUUGACAAUUAUGGGAUAUCAGGCCAUCCUAAUCAUAUAAGCAUUUUUAAUAGUGUCCGGUUAUUGUCAAAAAUUAAAGAAAUAGAUAUUUUUAUAUUAAAUUCAACUAAUAUAAUUCAUAAAUAUAUGGGAUUUAUUUCAUUUCCUUUUCUUUUACACAAAAAGUUUCUCAUUUCUUUUUUUAAUCCACUUUUGUUGUUAAGGGUCAAUGCAUUUAUAUAA